UCGGCCGAGCGAUCGGCAGCGAGCGAUCGCCGCCCCACCCGCGACACGCGCAACGUGCAAGAAGAGGGUCUCGAGUGUCACGGCGGAGCUCUGGCGCGUCUUCGGCUCGACGCUCAGUUGUUCGCGUGCAGUCGCGCUCGACUUGGCAACGGCACGUCGAGCUCCCGAACAGGCGGCAGGCAAGGCAAACUGCCGGGGUUGCAGCUCGCGCGACAGUCCUCUACGUCGGCAAUGUUGAACCAAGUGAACGCGGAGGCGAACGUCGCGCCGAGUUACAGGAAGACCGAGGGAGCAGGCUACAUCCUCGACCGGGGCAGGCACAGGCACCCGCAGUACGACGAGAUUUACCGGCGCUCGAUCGACCAGCCCGAGGAGUUCUGGGCGGAGAUCGGCAAGUGCAUCGACUGGAGCCGGCCGUGGGACAGAGUGCUGGACGACUCGAGCCGGCCCUUCACCAAAUGGUACGUCGGCGGCGAGACGAACGCCUGCCACAACGCGCUGGACCGCCACGUGGCGGCGGGCCUGGGCUCCAAGGUGGCGCUCGUCCACGACAGCCCGAUGACCAACACGAUAAGGCGCGUGACGUACGCCGAGCUGCUGGACACGACGAGCCGGCUGGCGGGCGCGCUCAGCGACUUGGGCGUGCGCAAAGGCGACCGCGUGCUCAUCUACAUGCCGCUCAUUCCCGAGACCAUCUGCGCGAUCCUGGCCUCGGCGCGCCUCGGGGCCGUGCACUCCGUGGUGUUCGGCGGUUUCGCGGCGCGCGAGCUGGCCACGCGCAUCGACCACGCCGAGCCGAGGGCCAUCGUCACGGCCAGCUGCGGCCUCGAGCCCAACAAGGUGGUGCGCUACACGGAGAUGCUGAGCGAGGCGCUGCAGCUGACCGCGGCGCGGCUGCCGCCGUGCGUCGUGUACCAGCGCCGGCGCGUCUGGGAGGCGCCGCUGGCCGCCGGCCAGUACGACUGGGACGAGCUGCUGGCGCGCGCCAAGCCGCACGCCUGCGUGCCCGUGGAGGCCAACCAGCCGCUCUACAUCCUCUACACGUCCGGCACCACGGACGCGCCGAAGGGGGUGCAGCGCCCCAUCGGCGGCCACAUCGUCGCGCUCUGCUGGUCCAUGCGCUCCAUCUACGGCAUGGACCGCGACUCGGUGUGGUGGGCGGCCUCGGACCUCGGCUGGGUCGUCGGCACCUCCUACAUCUGCUACGGGCCGCUGCUCGCCGGCGCCACCAGCGUCGUCUACGAGGGCAAGCCCGACCGCACUCCCGACGCCGGCUCCUACUUCAGGAUCAUCGACCAGCACAAGGUCAACGCGCUCUUCACCGUGCCCACGGCCUUCCGAGUGCUCAGGCGGGCCGACCCCGACACCCUGCUCGGUCGCAAGUACUCCACCAAGUCGCUGAGGGCGAUAUUCUGCGCCGGCGAGCACUGCGACUACGAGGCCAAGGCCUGGGCGGAGAAGUCGUUCAAGGUGCCAAUUCUGAAUCACUGGUGGCAGACGGAGACCGGCCACGCCGUCACCUGCACUUGCCUCGGCUACGAUCAUCCCCUCGAUCCGCCCAAGUAUAGCACUGGACUACCCAUUCCCGGAUACAUCGUUGAGGUGCUGAAGGAGGACGGCAGCAAGGCGGGCGCGAACGAGCUCGGUAGGAUCGCGCUGCGACUGCCACUGCCGCCGGGCGUCUUGUCGACCCUCUACAAGGCCGACGACAGAUUCAAGCAGAUCUACUUCUCCAAGUAUCCGGGCUACUACGACACGAUGGACGCGGGCUACAUCGACGAGCACGGCUACGUCUAUGUCACGGCGAGGGACGACGACGUGAUCAACGUCGCCGGCCAUCGGCUGUCGACCUCGGCCCUCGAGGACGUCGUUCUCGGCCAUCCCGACGUUGUCGACGCUGCCGUUGUCGGGGUGCCGGAGCCGACCAAGGGGGAGAUUCCACUCUGCCUCUACGUCGCCGCUGACAGCAGUGAGAAGACCGAGGAGGAGAUGUCGAAGGAGCUGAUCUCGCGAGUGAGAGAAUUAGUCGGUCCGAUAGCGGCGUUCAAACUCGCCGGCGCUGUGAGAGCACUGCCGAGGACGCGCUCUGGCAAAACUUGCCGCAAGUCCAUAGCUGAUCUCGCGCGAUCCAAGCGCGUCAAGAUUGUGAGCACCAUCGAGGACGCCUCGGUGUACAAAUACGUCAAGGAGGCCUUGCAGAAGCUUGGCUACGCGCAAAACGCCCCCGAUCCGGAAUAAUCAAACCACCUGCAGUAGUCUUCCGCGCAUCCUCACCGCCAACGAUACCCAUAUGUGCUGGCACAUACCUAUACCUACCCAACACACAGUAGGGUAACAACAAAAUAAAGCAAGGAAACAACUCAUGUGAAUCUUAUAAAAAACGUAUAUGUAACGGUAAUGAUUGUACAAUAGUGUUGCAAAAAAGUCAAUGGAUAUAAACACGCGCGCGCGCAGUGCGGCUCA